CAAUAUGGGAUGAAGUUGUUUAUAAAGUCAAUAAGUGUCCACAUCGAACCCUCAACAUCACAGUUCAAUUACAGCACCCGUGACUACCCUUCCGACGUGAUGACUUUCGACGUAGAGAAGUAUAAGACCUUUUACGAGUGCGACGAACAUUGGGAGCUCAAGCGUGCGUUCAUGGAAGCGCACAAGGAUCGGUUCCCCGAGGAGGAAGUCGUCUGUUUGGCGCAAGUUUACACAAACAUUGAACUGCUAGGCUGCCGGUAUCCGUCCGAAACCAUGCAGCUGGUAGCGGAAUUGUCCAAAAAUCUGGUGGAAAAGUACCGCGACUCGAGGACCGGCAAGCUGAAACGUACCUUUGUUGCUGCAUCGGAUGCUGCCGCGGCACGAUAUGCACCGAAAAAAUGAAACAAGACUAGCAUCAAAAGCGAUAGGGAAGAUGGAAAGAGUAAUCCAUUGUGCGAUCGGUCGUGGGACGCAUCUAGGACAUCCCUAGGAACCCAGAACUAGCCCCAAAGCGAGUCGAUACAAUCAGAUUAACAGGAUCCUGAUUGAGAUGUGUCCGGUGUAUAUUCUAUUACUUUACUCAGCUCUUGAUUUUUACCAUUACUUUGCACGGUUCAUGUUUUGUUGCGCUGAAAACUACUGACGUAAAGCAAUUUGACUUUUAUAUAUAUAUAGAUAUAUUUGUAUGUAUUUUAUGUGUAGUAAAAAGCAAGGAACAGAGGAGAAAUUUAAAAUCGGUUGUAAAAAUAAAUCCGAAACCGUGCGAAACACAACCUAUGUGUUACGGGCGCUUUCACUACAGACGGGCAUACUGUAUUCGGCCAU